AUCUACGGUACAGUCACUCACUCGACUCGUUCAGUUGAAUUAAUUAUGCCGUCGAUACCUGAAGGAAUUUUAGACAAGUUGACGUGUGUGCAGUGUCACGAAUGGUUAUCGUGCGGUCCCAUUCGCCUGUUACCCAACGGGGGUAGCAUCUGCGGGAGAUGUCCUAGGUUCGAGGGUCCCAGGGAUCAGUAUCGGCAUUUUGCGUUCGAGGCAUUGGCGUGUUAUUUCAAAUUUCCGUGCAGGAACUGGGGGGACGGCUGCCAGGAGUGGAUGCCGUUCAAGGGGGUAAUGAACCACGAGAAGAACUGCUCCUAUGGAUCCACGUGCAGCGUGCUUUGUUGCCACCCUUUGGCCUUCAUCAAAUCUAAGAGGCACUUAGACGCUCACUCGGCUAUCAAACUGGAGAUCAUACCUGAUGGAGUACUAGAAUAUCUACGAUGCACCAAUUGCGCCGGGUACCUGUCUUACACCCCAAUCUACGUUUGCCGCGACGGCACGAGCAUUUGCCAAAGAUGCACCUCGCAGCUACCACAACCAGAUGGCGAAUUCAUCCGCGAUUUUAGUUUCGAACGGUUCGUCGACAUGAUGAUCUUCCCCUGCAUAUAUCGCUACAGAGGAUGCACGCUCCUGUUUAAAUUUGGCCAAGAAAUGAAAAACCACGAACUGGAUUGUCCCUACGGUAAACCGUACAAACGCGAACCGACAGCGCCCAAAAGCGACCCCCAGGAGGAUAUCCAAAGGAAAGGAGUCAUCAAGACCCUAUCGGGGCACAUUUACGCCACGAUUACGCCUAACGCUCCCUUAUUCGCGGCACCAUCCACCUCAAACAAAGAGCAGCAGGCGCUGUUUUUGGACGAAUUUCAAAAGCAUCGAGAGAACUUGUCGAGCAAAUGGGGGCGGUACAACGAAGACGAUUACCAAAACGAGUACGUCAAUCAGGUUACGCAUCUUAAUGUGAUCGACGAACUGAAGAUCAAGCAACAAUACAGAAAUUCCAGUGGAAACAAUGGAGAUAUGAACGCGUAUUACAACCACACAGAGGCCCAAAAAGCAGAUUAUUCAGUUUACAAUCAACGCGCUUAGUUUUUUAGUGUUUAUAGCAUAGACCUCCACUUAAUUUAUAUAUAUUAACAAUCUACAAUUAGAAUACUUCCCGCGUGUUCUGUCUUUCUGUCUGUCUCCCUGCCUAUUUUAUGUAAAAAUGCUGUGCACAUUAUAAUUUUUGAUUUUA